UAAAGUUGACCUCUUAAUGGCAGUAUUAUUCUGUGCUGAUACCAUGUAACUGUCUGAGAGACAGAAUAUAUAUGUAUAUACAUACAUAUAUAAUACAAUCCAUUGGGCUGUAUUAUAAUAUAUAUUAUAGAUCCUUAACAGUUAAGUAUAAGUAUUGCUUGAUCAACUCGUCUUGUACAGGUUUGUGACAUUCUGCCUACUUUGGUUAUCUUAAGAGCUCAUCAAGUUCGUGUGCUAAGAUAUUUAUAAAUUUGUUCAUCGGAGUGGAUAUUCAUUUUAAUUUAUCAAAUGCUGAUAAUGAGGCGCUAAAUUCAGAACAACUUGGAGGUGUAUUGGUGUUCUUCUGCGUGAUCUUUUCGAUGGACGAGUUUUGUCCAUUUCCAGAAAGUGCUUGACAAACUAAUUGUUGUGUGAUUUGACAUUUUCUAAUUUUUGAUCGAAUUGAAUAUAUGUUUUUGAAAUAGGAAAUAGUUUCUGUUUAAUAACUCGUGUAAUGAUUUCAGUUUUAACGUUAAUCACUUUCUACUUGUUUCGUGCUUUCUUAACAGCUUUCUCGUGACGUUUGGAAGCAGUUAAUGUGUCCUUAUACCGAUUGUGUCUUCUUUUUUGCGCGGCGAAAUGAUCUUUUUUCUUCCGCAUUUCGGUAAGGAGAAAUACAAUGUCCGUUUUCUCUGAACCGUGUCGAAACUAUGCGGACUGACUGGGGAUCUUUGUUAUUCGAAGAAUGUGUGUCAUACUUCGGUAUUGAAUUUCAAAUCUUCUUUCAUGUUUUGCGUGUAUUCGAAAGCCGAAUCGUCUCGUGUCGUUAACCCUAGGGAACAUAUGGUUCUUUAAAAACGGUUGACUAGUCUGACAGACUCGUGGGCAAGUCACAUCUUACAAAAAUAUUUGUCGCGUGGUUGCAAGCAGUUGGUCUUUGCUUGUUUUAGCAAUUUAUGUCAACAGAAGACAAAAGAUUUAACUAAGAACUGAGGAGGUUUGGAUUCGUUGACGUCUUCUGUGUCUUAGUUUGUUUGGAUCUGGUGUCAUGUGGAAACGUCUAACCUCUUGUUUCAUUUGCAGAAGAGAAACCGACAGGAGCAGUUCUCCGGUGAAGUUGACGGUUUCGUCAAGCCAUGACCUUGACGCCGACAGCAAGGCAAACGAAGAGAACAAACCAGAAGACAGAAACCGCGUACAAUCUUCUACGGUAAAAAAUAACGAGAAACAAGUGCUUGGGGAUGUCAACGAAGGUGCACAAGGGCUUGAAAGCGAGGUGUUGAGAUAUCGUUAUACCGCUAAGUCUUCGACCGAAUCCAUAGAUGAUAAAGAAGCGAUCCCGGACCCUAAAGGCGCCCAUAGUUCAUCGUCUCUGAAAUCUAAAGGGGUUAUUGAUCUUUCUGAGGUAUCCGAUGGCAGCGUUUGCGAUAAAAAAGAAGAGAAUGUUCAUGGGGAAAUCAAUGGCAAGUUUUCAGCGGACACAUAUUUUAGACAAAGUAGUACAACGAAAGCUGAAACUUCGAACGGUAUCAACGACAUCCCUCAACAAUUUCACGAAAAAAGACAUUCAAGCAGUAAACAAGCAGCUGAGAACGAAAGAAACAUUGACAAUAAACAGGAAGACAAAAGCCUGAACAACGCCAGUCAUUCGGAAAAUGAGCUGUUACGUCAAAAGCAAAAUGUUUUAGAGAACUCGUUUGCGGAGAAUAAAGCGGUACCCACUGUUAAAAAAAAUAUUAUACCAAACAAUUUACGCUACAAAACCGAUGAGGGUUUGACAGUUGAUAAAAACGUGAAGUAUGAAGGAGAAUUGCAAGAUAUUUCUGGUGAAAAGGAUGAAGUGUCUAGCACUCGCAUUGAAGGAACUAUUUCAAAUAAUGAAUCCCAUUCAGAUUUGGUGAUCGAGAAGUUUUCUAAAGACCUCUCAAAAUGUAUUGUUGAUGCAGUUGUGCAUGAUUCGAAAUUGGCUUUUGUGCAUCAUCAUCUAAUGAAAAUGAUGUUUCAGUGGAUAAAGUAGCAUCACUAAAGAAGUUUGCAAACAUUUUGUGUCAGUCUAUUGUUCAGUCUGUGCUUGAUUCCAACUGUGACAAUGAUUGCGAUAUACCAGAUGUUGAUAGAUAUGAAUGUUACAGUUCGAAUAAUGGGGACACUGCUGUUGAGGGUGACAAGGAUCUCCUUGACGAGGAACAAUUGCUUUCAAACGAGGGCUUAUUUAUUGCUGAUGAGCCUAUUGAGAAAGAAAAAUCUAACGAGGACUUGAAUAAGUUGGCUAAAAGAUUAUCAAAUGAAAUUUUAUCAGAUGUCUUCCAUUUAAAGAGCAUUUCAGAACAAAA